GUUGAAUUGGACAAAAAAAAAUAUCGCCCAUUUGUAAUAAUUCAACAAAAAUAGCAUUUUUUCUUCUUUUCAACUUUUAUUAAAUUGUAUUAAAUUUACAAAGCCAUGGUCAUAGGCGCAUUUCCAGCAGCCAAAUUGGGUGUUUUGGCUAUAAAACAAAUAAGUAAACCAAUAGCAAAUAUAAUAAAAUCGAAAGCCAAAGAACAUCCAUUAUUUCGUAACUAUGUUUGUAUGCCACCGGCUCAGCUUUACAAUUGGGUGGAGGUCAAAACGAAAAUGUGGGCCUUAAACUUGGGUAAACCGGUUAAUGUACCACCUCUAACAGAAGCCAUGGCUGUGGAGCUGGGUGCCAAUCUAUUGGGUGAAUUCAUUAUUUUCGCCAUUGGUGCUGGUCUAUUGAUAUUUGAAUAUGCUAGGCAAACAAGCAACGAAGCUAAAAAACAAGAAAAAGCUAAACUAGAAAAGGAUGAACUAACUAAUCGUUUAGCCGAAAUGACAUUCCGUUUGGAGCGUCAAGAUGCCCAAUUAAGAGAAAUGACCAGGGUAUUAGCAGAUAUAGAAUCACGUUCAAUUUUCAGAUGGACCAAAGAUAGAAUACAAGAAUAUCAGCCAUUUAAUCCAGACACUCCAAAUCAAACACCACCAUCACACUAUCAGAAAAUAUCGCCUUAUAAUCCUGAGGGUGGUCUUAUUAUGAGGGCCCUACAUUUCCUAGAAACCCAAGUGUUCACAAAUGUCAAACCAACAGUACAGACCAUUACAGUAAAACCAGUUGAACAGACCCAAAUCACUGAAACUCCUUUUCAAAACAUGACCCAAGUCUCGGAAGAUGUUGCUGCUGCUGACGAUGAAGAAUUAGUUGUUAAAUCGAAUACAGAACGUCCUACUCUAAAACAGUGACUACAACAGAAUAUUGAGCUUACAAAUGCAUUGGCUAAGCUUAAAUAUGAAAUUGAUUUAGCUGACUCUAAUUUUACUUCGGGAAGAGAUUAGUCAUUUAAUUCUGUAUUUAAAUAUUGUUGAUCAAUAUUUAAAAUAAUGUCUUUUACUAUGAAAACAUAGUGCAUUAAUUAUAGUUUGGUACUUAAAUGUUUAUCACAGCAUUUAUUACAACAAUCUUUUGUAUAAUUAAGUAUCAAAAAUAUAAAUAGAUAACUGCUUUUUUAUUUGUUGAUUUUCCCUCUGUUAAAUUAUAAAAUAAAAGUUAUUAAAUGUUAAUUUGUUUUACAAA